AUGAGUGUCCCUCGAUUCUCUGCACUCCUCGGCCUAGGCAUCCGCAUCCCAUCACCUUUCAUUCGCUUUGCGCCCUUCUCAGACAUGCUCCGCCCUAGCUACUCUUCCAAUUUCUCAAUUACCCUCGUGUCCAAGAACCGAACUUCCAUUCCGUCAAAUAAAAUCCACUCGAUGACGAAAAACCACGGAAUGGACGCGAGGUCGCUUUGGAUUCAGGAUACCCAUCUGGAAAAACAAGAAGAUGCGGCCUUCUGUGAAAUAAGUCAACCAGGAGGCAGAUACAGGCUUGUUUUUGAGGGAUGGCGCCUGAAGCUAUCUGAUAGAGAGCUCUGCCGUCGUGGAAUAGAAGGCCCUACUGGGAAGAGCAUGGCUCACUUCAAAGAGUUUUGUGGCAAACGCUCUGAACCAAAAAAGCAAGCUUUAUCUGCCCUCUUGCAGCGAAGGUUCCACGCCAUGCCAGACAUACUGAUAGGUGACUCCGUGGAUGGCCGCGGAGGAGACAGCGACGGGACAGGCGGAGAAAUGGCUCCUCGUUACUUAUAUUAUCGUCUUUACACAAAGGACGGCGCAAUCCAGUCGUUCAACCCCAUCUACUCCAACGAUCCGUCCAUUAGCCGCAUUUUGCCAAAGUCGAUCACGCCCCCUCAUACCGCCUUAUCACUGAAGAAACAUCUCUGCAAGAUCGAAGGCGUGGCAGGAUCAAACGCCCUUUUAUUUGAAGCGCUGUCGAGUGACGCUGCCAUUCCAGAUUCCACGCGUCUCAAGCUUCGUGGUCAUCUUGGCUUAGGCGUGUCGUCUCGCGAGCCCAUGGCUUUGGUGGUCGGGGUCGUUGAAGUUGAGAAUCGAUCAAGCGGCCCAGAUCAGGCGCAGGAGGUAGUAAGCGAAAACCCUGACCAACACGAGACGCACUACAUAUAUUACCGUGUAUACGAUGAAGAGGGCGAAGUGAACUCGAGAACAGCCUUUGACGGAAAUGAUGCCUCCCUGGGUCGCGUGGACACCUUAUCCGUAGCGCCACCUUACACCGUGGCCUCCUUAAAAUCCUGCAUCGCGAAAGCCGAACACAUCGUAGAUCGGGAGAUUCAAUUAUUCGAGGACACCGAUGGUGAAGCCCUCAUGAAAGAUGCUGACCGGGCAUCCUUUCGCGCAGAGACUUUUCCGGGUUGCCUUGAAGAUGACCCUUUAGCCUUGAUCUACGGGCCAAAAAAGUUGGUUCAAGGACCAACCAUGACAAGGCCGAUUCAAGCAAAUACUUACUGCAGUGGGUAA